AUGUCAAACCCUGCCCCCGUGAGCCCGACGGCUGGCGCGAACGUCGUUGGCCCGGAGGAACCUGCGUCGACCAUCACGGUAAACACAAAGGUGCCCGCGCAGUUUCCUCCUCCCAAGACGGACAAGCCACGACCCCACGUCUGCGGCACCUGCCAGCGAUCGUUUGCCCGCCUCGAGCACCUGAAGCGACACGAGCGCUCCCACACCAAGGAGAAGCCGUUUGACUGCCCCGAGUGCGGGAGGUGCUUCGCCCGCCGCGACCUGCUGCUGCGGCACCAGCAGAAGCUGCACCAGACGUCGACGCCGUCGUCGCGCCCCCGCAACCGCCGCGAGUCGGCCAGCGGCGCGACGCCGGGCCAGAGCAGGGCUCGCAAGAACAGCGUCGCCGGCACCACGGCCCCCGGCGCCAACGCGGCGGCGUCGAUGCGGCCGAGGGCCAACACCAUCAGCCACGUCGACGGCGCCGCCAUGCAGAUGAUGGCCUCGGCCAACGCCUCGGUCGCCCGCGGCAUGGCCUCCCACGGCCGUCACCCGAGCCUCGCCGGCCUGCCCGUCCACAACCUGGACCACGUCUUCGGCGGCAUGUCGGCCGCCCUGAGCCAGCGCGGCAUGCAGCACGGCCUGCCCAAGCUCGAGACGGCGCAGAUGGCGGCCGACGACUUCGACGGCGGCCUCCGCACGGCGCCGAACAUGGCCGUCUUCGUCCCCGACCUGGACUUCGAGGGCCUCCUCUUCGGCGGCUCCACCAUCAACCCCAACGCCCUGCACUACAGCGACUCCCCCCAGUCCAUGGCCCUCGACCAGACGUCGCCGUUCGGCCAGGGCAUGAGCGACGUGGCCGCCGGCCACCCCUUCGACGACGGCCUCGACUGGCUCACGGGCUUCGAGCACCAAAUGUCCUUUCACGCGAGCAACGAGAACGUCGUGGACGGCUCCAGCCCCUCGGCCAUCAGCACGACGAGCCAGAGCGGCAUAAGCGACGUCAUGCUCGACGGGUCCAACCAACCCGCGCCCGCCGGCACCGGCACCAUGUGGCAAUCCUCGGCCAUGGGACCGCCCCAGAUGCCGAACCCCUUCGCGAUGGAUCUCAAUGGCUCCGUCUUCCCUGACCUGCUCAAUGGAGCUCCCCUGUCACCCCAGCCAGCUUCUCAAAAGACCAAUGAUCCGUACUUCUCCACGCCUCCCCCCUCGCUGAGCUCGCUGAGCCCGUUGGUCGUAUCCCGGCUGAACACGCAGAACCCGAAGCAGACGCUCGGCCCCAACGCCGGCCCCGAGACUCCGUCGUCCCUCAGCGGGGGCACCCACGGCGCCUCGCCCGUGACGACCAUCUCCGAUGCCACGCGGACCUCCAUCGUAAACGCCCUCUCCCGGUGCCUCCCCCCUGCCGGUCGUCGUAAAAGCUCCCUCGGCUCGCCGACGUCGUCGAUGGCGUCCCGGUCACCGUCCGACGCCAAGGCCGACGCCGACGUGCCCAGCGCCCAGGACCUGCAGCGUCACGUCGGAGCCUACUUGACCUAUUUCCAUCCCCAUCUUCCGUUCCUGCACCUUCCCACGCUGUCCUUUCAUGCCGCGAGCGGGCCCGCCGACGCCGCCGCCGCCGACGCCGUAGACGGCAGCGAGUGUCUCGUCCUCUCCAUGGCCGCCAUCGGCGCGCUCUACGAGCGUGAGCACGCCCGAUCCCGGGAGCUGUUCGACAUGGCGCGGAGCGUGAUCCACCUCCACCUCGACGCGCGCCCGUCGUCGGCCGAAUCGUCGGCCGGCGCCCCCCUCCGGCUCGUUCAGGCCAUGCUCCUGAACGUCGUGUACGGCCACAACUGCGCCGACAGGGCCGCCGGCGACGCCGCGUCGACGCACUGCGCCGCCCUCGUCGGUCUCGCGGGCGCCGCCGGGCUGCUGCGACCGGCGGCCGUCGACGCGUCGGCGAAGCAGGAUGUGCCCAUGACGGACGACGCCGCCUGGGCGGCCGAGGCGGACCAGGAGGACCGGCACCGGGAAUGGCUUCGUUGGAAGGAGGCCGAGGAGCGGAAGCGAACCCUCUUCGCCGUCUUCGUCCUGUCCAGCCUCCUGGUGGCCGCGUACAACCACGCGCCGGCCUUGACCAAUUCGGAGAUAUUCCUCCAUCUGCCGUGCGACGAGGAGUUCUUCGCGGCCGAGUCGAGCGUCGCCUUCUUCGCCGGAGGCGGGCCCCAAGCCGCCGCCCACAACCAGAUGACCUUUUACGACGCCCUGGGAGAGCUGCUGCGGACCAACGAGCGGCAGCAGAAGCGGCUCGCUCAGAAGCACAACCGGCCGGCCGUCGUGGGAUCCGCCGGCGGCGGCGGCGACGCGGACCCGGCACCGCUGACGGAUCUCAAGCCGAGCACGUUGGGCUGUCUCAUCCUCAUCUACGCGCUGCACAACUACAUCUGGGAAACGCGGCAGCGGCACCACGACAAGAUAUGGACCGACGACGAGACGGAGAAGAUGCAGAGGCACAUCGAGCCGGCGCUGAAGGCGUGGCAGGUGGCCUGGGCGAGCGACGCUCGGCACAGUGUCGAGCGUCCCAACCCCUACGGGCUCGGCCCCAUCUCGGCCGACGCCGUUCCGCUGCUCGACCUCGCCUACGUUCGCCUCUUCGUCAACCUGUCGCGGUCCAAGGAGAGGUUCUGGCAGCAAGAUUGGGACGGCGUCGUCGAGGAGCUGUCGCGCGGCGGCGAGCUCGUCCGGCAGGCCAGCCCGGAGAUGAGCGGCCUUGAUUUCUCGGACAUGUCGGCCGAGGAUUUCGUCUUCAUCGACGCGCCCGAGAUGCAGAGCUCGGCGUCCCUCGACGGGUCCUCGGGCGGGCCGUCGGACAAGGCGCCGUCGCGGCGGGAGCAGCACCUCCGCAAGGCCGCCUUCUACGCGGCCGACUCCCUCGCCAUGUCGGACAAGCUCGGCGUGACGUUUGCCGACUUCACCAGCAGGGAGCUGCCUCUGCAGUCGGCGCUGUGCGCCUUUGACUGCGCCCAGGUGCUCGCCGAGUGGAUGGCGACGCUCCAGGACCGGCUCGGGCGGCAGCUGGGAAUUCUGGGGCAAGACACGACGGAUCUCGCGCAGGUGCCGGGCGCGACGCCGCUCGAGGACGAGGACGUGAAGCUGCUGGACAAGAUUGGCGAAAUUGUAGCGUCGGCCGAGAUGAAGCUACGCAUGGACACGGCGUCGGACGGCACCCGGCAGGGGGACCCGAUGCGGUCGGCCGACGACCACGGCGGCUACGCGACGCAGAUCCUGAGCAUCACGGCCUCGAUGAUGGACAGGGCUGCCGUUUGGCCCGUCACCCACAUCAUGGCCCGAUGCCUCGAGGCGCACGCCGGCCACGCGAGAGCACGAGCGGAAAAGUCACUCGUUCCAUCAAAGUGA